UGUGUCUUAGUUUUACCUCGUUUUAUACUUCAAAGCAAAAAUGUUUCAGUAAAAACUAGUUAAAAAUUUGAAGUAAGCAUUUGGUGACCUACAAAAUUUCCCAGGUCCCUCCCCCUAAGCCUAAGUCAUGGAUUUUACGGAUUUUAUGACUCCGCCGCCCGAGGAGCGAAUAAUCCGCAGCCACAACCUUUCCGACGAGCAGCUCAAGGACCUGGAAACGGCCUUUUCGCUAUUCGACCAUGAAAAUAACCAGGUUAUUCUCAUGAAAGAGCUGCGACCCCUCAUGCGGAGUGUAGCUUACCACCCCACGGACCUGGAGCUGCAGGACAUCACCAACGAAAUCGAUCCGGAGGGUCUGGGGGAGCUGCAUCUCAGCGACUUCCUGUACGUAAUGUCCGAGAAGUAUGCAAACAUGACCCCCGAGGACGAGAUCAUUGCUGCUUUCAGGGUCUUCGACAUGGAGGGUACCGGCUUUAUUGCCGAAUCGGAGUUCCGCCACAUUAUGACGAAUCUGGGCGAGAAAUUGACCGAGGACGAGAUUGAGGAAAUCAUUCGGGAUGCCGACUCCAAUAUUGAGGGAAACAUCGACUACGUUCGUUUCGUUAACAUGAUGUCCGAGACAUGAGGAA